AUGUUCAAUAAGGUUGACAAUUCAGCACUGUAAAAGCGGGACUCAAACACAACACGAUUUGGGGAAGAAGGCUAGCGCAGCAAUAUUGAGAAAGCUAGUCUCUACAAAUGGGCAACUAAAGCAAAGAUACUAUACAGUACUAAUAAAGAAUCUUCAUAGGUGACAUUUCAUCCAAUGGACACCGCUCAAUGCACCCAGCCAUGGAAGGUGCACGUUCCAGAUACAUGUCAUAAACACAGCAUAAGAUUGAAUGCAGACGACUUUGCAAGUUACAAAAGAGAAAUCAAAUGGGAGAAAGAACACCCCCCUAAAAGUGUUACCAUGGCCCCCACUUCUAGGUAUCUGGUUGACAGACAGUAUGUGAUGAGAAAGCCUCUGUUCUCUAUCGAACAGCCAUCUAUUUUAAAGAAGACCCAGCAUUGUCAUCAACUGAAGGAGAUUCAUGUCAGUGUCAGCAGCAAAAAUGAAAGUCAGCAUCCCACUAAUAAUUCAGUGACCAGGUUAGACAAAAAUCCGGUAAGCUACAAUUUCACUCCCAGUGAGUCAGCAUCUUUACAAGUGUGCAACUCUCCACUGGGUUCUCCGGACAUCACCAGUGAGUUACAACAUGAAGAAAAAAAUUUUGGACCUACUUCAACCAGAAAAAAAUCCCUUCAAUAUGACCUCUCCAGCUCCGUCUUGGAUUUCCAGGAAAAAGACUGUUCUGUGAGGCCACAGCUAACAUCCACUGUUCUAUAUCCUAGCAGUACCCCAUGCUCUUUCGCUUACUCAAAAAUAGGCCAACAAGAGGUCAAAAAACAAAACAUCUACUCUUCAGCAAGGCAGUCAAGAAGAAGAAACAUGUCGUAUUAUGAAGCAAACUAUUGGGACUGUGUCAUUCCAAAAUCUUUGCCCAAAUCCACAAAUAGGCAGACCGCAGCCUGGGAUCCAAACCAGGAAUACCAAGCUUUGCUCGACUACACUUACCCUCUAAGGCCAGGGCACGUAGACAGCGAGUGGGACAGUAUGGGAGACUCUUGCCGACAACAAGACCUGAACACACAGGAUUCUGGUAUAGAACUAGAUAACCUUUGUACUACCAGCCCAUAUUGGUUACACUCAAACGUAAGCAACACAAUAGAGACUAAAGCGUGGGACAGUAUGAAUCCGAAAAGCAAUUCCUUGGACCUGAACCCAUCUGUGCUUUUCUCAAGGACAAUGUCUAAUGAGUUGUUAUUGGACCAUGUGGACAUUAUUGACAAUGAUGUUCAAUAUGAACAACUCUCCUCCGUCUCUUUUAUCCGUACAACAAGUCUUCUUUCUCAGUCUAAAUACAUAGACGGGGACAUUGACAAGGAAUUCUGGUCACUACCUGAUCACCUGGAGGAGGUGCAACUCCUUACCAGACAGGUAAAGGAGGUGACAGCCAGGCUGAAUCAGCCUGUCACAGCUUUUUGUCAGCAUAUGGACUCUAUCCUUCCCACUAUAUCCCAUAAUGAGCAGGCUAAAGAUGCAAAUGCCAAAGAGGGCCAAAAAUACAAUGGAAACACAUGCACAACCACAAAUGAGAGGAGUGCUGUUGAACCAGAUGAUAAUGUAAAAUCCGAGGCAAUAAGGAGACGUUCCACUCCAUGGCAAGAAUCUGUUGGUGGAGGAUUGAUUGACAGCAGUCUCAAGGAGGUUGAGACCUUGGUGGAGCAGCUUGAUGGUCUCCACCUAAUUAAUAGCCAGAAGCUCAACCUUGUGGACAACCAGCAAAACGACUCUCUGACGCAACAUAUACAUAUGUUUUGUUCACUUUUGAAGCAGUACAUCUCCUGGCUCUACGAGGUUUCUGACAAGAUGGACACAUUUGCUAGACCCACUCCAGAUAACGACAACCUAAAAAGCUCACUUGCUGAGUAUCAGAGAUUUCAACAAGAGGUGAGGAGUCAACAGCAUCUGACCUCCCGUGUUCUGCAAACGGGUGAGCUGCUGCUAAGCUGCAUGGACAGCGCAUCUCCAUUAUUAGGAAACACACUGCUUUUAAUUGAGAGGCAGUCGAAAGCUAUGGAAAAGCUCACGGAUCACUUUUUGUCCUCGAUCUGAUCCAUCAAAACUCAACCCAAUCCCACCCAGCUAUCCAGUUCAGGAGGACAUGUUGGAGAACAGUGGCCCCACAGCCAUGAAGGCUUUCACUCAGCAAAUGUGGCUAUUUCCAUCCAUUUUCUUUAGUUUUCACAGAAUUGCUGCCUGUCAGGCUGUCCUUUUUUUUCUAAAUCAUUGUUGUUAUGUUCGUCUUUGCCGUAGUUUUGUGAAACGGGAUACAAAACUUGUAACAUGAGAAUAAGAAGUGGGUCAGUUUGUGAUCCAGUUGUCAAGUGUUCUUAAUAUGUGACCAAUUUCAAGUUUUUUUCAUGUGCAAAAAGUGAAUUGCUUUGAGCUUUCCAGAUGCCUCAUGAAGAAAUAUCAGAACUGCAUUAUCUGAAAGUACGGUAUUCUAUUGCAACAAGUUAUUUUCACAUGUUUUGUUGGUUUUAAUGACUGAUUUCUGAAGUUUACACAUUUUGGCACUUUAUGUUCCUUCUAAAAGAUGUGCACCAAAAUAAACAUUUACUUUGACUCAACUCUGCAGAGCUUUUGGUGCGUUCACUGAAUAGGAUCUUCAUUAACCAUACGAAAAAAGUUUCAUCACCUUUAUUAAAGUAUUACACUCGUAUUCCCAGAGUGCUUUUCAAACUGAAUCCAGUUGCCUUUAUUAUGAAAACGAUUACAUUGCAUUUAUAUGCAUUUCUGCACUUAGAUUACCACAAUACACAACAGUUUAAAACAAAUGUAAACUGUCAAAUCCACCCAAAUGUAGAAUAAAUUACUGUAUGUGGUCUUAAAUGCAUCGCAGUAAGAAUCACACACAUCUUUUCAUUUUACACAGCCUGGGAGUACAGUAUUUAUUUUCGGUUUAUGUAUUACGUGUUGAGUAGAGAAUCCUAAGAAUGCAACAAGGACUACGGAACAGACAUGAGAUCUGACACAUCAAGUGUGUGUAUAGAAAAUAAAAAUAUCCCGUCAACCUCAGUGAGAUGGCGGAAGGGCUGAGGUCCUCUCCGAGAGUGAUGCAUUUGAGUGUUCUCAGUCAAAAAUCUCAGGUCUUGUUUUCUGUUACUACUCCAACUACAACUAGAUAAUGUGCAAUACUCUCUAAAUUUCCCAACACCCCUGUUAAAAGGAACCAAGUUGAGAAAGACACACCCGCAUACAUAAAUAUGUAUAUACAUAUAUACACAUAUGUAUAUAUACAUAUUUAUACACACGUAUUGACAUAUACGUACACUCAGUACUAAUGUUGAGAUGCUGGAAUUGUGAGACGUCAGACUGUGGUAGUUGAAUAAAAUGGAACAAAAACUUUGUAUGCAGACAAACAAAACAAGAAACAGAAUUACUUUAAAAAAAAAAAAAAAAAAAAAAAAUGCCAGAACAAGAGAUAAGGGGGGUAUACAGACAAAAAAAGCCUUCAUGGAGCAGAUUAAGUUACCAAACCCAAAAUGGAAUGCUGUAAUGCUCACGCACGGACAUACUAACACACAAACACACAAUUGUCUCAUGAGUCUCAAAUUAAACAGUCUCAGUCAACUGAGACAAAAUUUGUUAGGGUUGUCUGGGUCAGAUAAAAUAAUCAUUUUUUUGGACAAUUUGUCAUCGAUACCAGGACAGGGUGGCAAGAUGAAUGCGUUACUUGUUUUUGGUAGUGUGCUACAUUAUUGUACAAAUACAGGCAACUUCAUCUUGUUCUCACAUACACAUGUGACUCAUGUCGUCCCUACCCUGUCAGAUUGCGGUAGAGUUUUGAGGAAGAUGGCAGCCAGGCAUACAGGCCUGGAGAGUAGAGGGCAAGUUUUGCUUUCAGCAGCAGCCUCCCGAUGAGGGCUUGACGGUAGUGCCAGGGGUCAGCUUCAUGUUAGGCUUGUCGCCGCCGCCAGCGGCGGCCCCAGGGCCCAUUCUCUUUUUGAUUUCUGCAGCCAUGGUCAUAAAGGCCUGCUCCACGUUGGUGGCAUUCUUGGCACUAGUUUCCAAGAAGGGGAUACCCAGAGAGUCAGCGAACUCCUAAACACAACAAGGGAAAGGUUGAAUUCAUGAAAAAAUUUCAGUGCCAUUCGCUGCACUAGACACCCAAUCCAGUCAAAAUGAACUGGAUGUCUAGCGUCAGUGGCAGCCGGUGAGCUAACGUAGACACUAUUCUAAUGGAAAAUUUUGGUAGCAACUGUUGGUUCCUUUUUUUUGUAAACAAUGACACCUUUUUAAAACAAUUUAUCUUUUCCUGGUGGGAGCUUAUCGGUAACGUUUUGGGCUACAUAGUAUCUAGAUAUAUCCCCUUUUCAAAAUAUUGUCACACACAUUGGAGUGGCCCAGGAGUCUUUGACAGACCAGUCCACUUCAUGGACGGUGUUGGAAGCAAUCCAGCCAGAAUCACAGAUAGGUCUACAGCUAAUAUUCCCCAAUCUUGGCCCUAACUUAUUCAGUACUGUGGAUUUACAGCUCCACAAAAACGAGAACUGUAACCAGAUCAAAGGCCACAUGUAGGACUUUUAAUUCAAAUUUGCAAUAUACAGUGGUACCUCGAAAUGAUCGCUUCGACACACGAUCUUUUCGACAUCCGAUGUAAAAUUUGACACGCAAUUUGUUUCUACACCUGACGACAUGCUCGAAAUACGACGAGGUGACAGCGCCGCAGACAGGCGCACGGUGGAUUUUCUUGUAAGAGAAAUCAACACAGGUUCCAAAAAGGUUAGUGCAAGUGGUGAAAGGAAAAAGGUGACGCUUUCCAGGAGGGUUCUCCCAGCAACAAAACCCCAAGGCGCAAUGAAGGUGAGGGCUGACUCUCGGCAGCCGGCCGCAGUGGGGAGCCAGCCUUAAAGCCCCAGUCUUGCUAGGGGGCCCCGUCCCCGCGAACCGCGGCGCUUUCGGGCGAUGUAUUUCAGAAUUUGUGCAAUACAACACGCCUACUGUCUGCUCCAGUUAACGACAACAACCUUUCUUACUCUGUGACGUCAGUCACGCGGUGGGUUCAGGUACAGCACGCAAAACAC